AUGGAUGCAGCACUCUCCCAGUUCCUGCUCCAGGAGACCCGGGCCCCGGGGUGCGGGGCCACGUUGGAGCAGGCCUGCUCGGGCUCUGACCCCGGGUACCACAGCGCCUGUGGCAGCCUCUCCCCGGCCUCGUCCGUGGACUCGCUCUGCCUCUCUCCCCCUCCCGCCGACAGCCUGGUGUUCAGUGCCGCUGCCACGGAGACGGGGCCAAGGCCUGCACCCACGGCCCGGCCCGCCAGGCCCUCCCGGUCCCGCUACCCAGGCCACAAGCGGCAGAGCGCCAGCGAGCGGGAGAAGCUCCGGAUGAGGGACCUGACCAAGGCCCUGCAGCGGCUCAACGCCUACCUGCCCCCCUCCCUGGCCCCCACCGGCCAGACCCUCACCAAGAUCCAGACCCUGCGUCUCACCAUCAGCUACAUCGCUCAGCUCUCGGCCCAGCUGGAGGGGGUCCCUUCCCAGGCAUGCCCAGAGCUCUCUCCCUCCUGCUCUGGAGCCCAGGAGGACGACCAGCGAUCAUUCUGCCAAUCCACAGAGCAAGCCGCUGUGUUCCAGCCAGCUCUUUCUCACUCGAUGGAUCAGUACUCCUGUCUGCGCCAGCCUUACCAGGUGUUUCCCCUGCUGUUACACCUGUGA